ACUAUGACUCCCAGCGCGCGGGAAGGCUGGGAAACGUUUGAACGCGACCCCGCAACCCAAGCGCAUCGACCGAAUGCACCACGAUACACCAUUGACGGAACGGUACUGGCGUUCGUGCGAGCUUUCCAGCUCCAAUAUCGUGCCAGAACCUUAUAAGAGGGAAGCAUGUUUGUCCGCUGACAACAGAGCGGAGAACGGCUCGACUCGACAAGUACAGAGGGUAACUGUUCAUAGCAUGACAAAUUUGUUGUUUCAGAGACUGUGGGAUGUUAUAAGCAUGUAGGAACCGAGAGCGCAGGACGAUUUAGCUAAAAAACUGUGUUUCAGGGCCUGGCUGCGUUUCCAGCGCAGAAUUGAUCAAUCAGUAGACAUUCAUCAAUAUAAAAUGAUAGUAUGCAAAGCUGGCCUGACCGAAGUAUAGUUUUGUGUCGCUACAUGAGCAUGCAGUCGACUUGCGUUUAUGGCCUGCACGCUUCUUCCACAUAGAAAUACCACAAAGAGUUGUCCCGCUUCAUUCAAUAGUGAUAAAGGUUGAAGGAGUCGAACACCACAACCCGCUCUCGCUUGGAGGGGCCCCUCUGCCACUGAUAUCGUUCCUUUAGGAGAUACCCAGCAACAAACCAGCGACCCCGCAAGCGCGUCCUCACAUAAGAUUCAGGAGUAGGGUGCGAGAAAUCCUCUUCGUUUCUCAGAAACACAGGUUCCUGUCCCCUAACUAAGGGCUGCGCUCGGCUCUACAAUCAUGAUUUGUCGCAUAUGAGUUAAAUCUGCGUAAACAGCAUGCAGAAGCAGAUGAACCCUUCUCUUUGGGUACUGGUUCUGGCCACCAGCUUCUUCAACUUCGGCUGGUCCGCCAUCGAUCCCUCCAAGAUCUGGCAACCCAUACCCUUUCAGCUUGACGGCCUUGACUAUGUGUUGUACUAUGAGCCCCUCACAUUCGUGGACGCGGUGGCCACAUGCGCGGGCACCACCCUGCUGCCGGGCGGCCGGCCGGGGAGCCUUAUGAUGAUGGAGAACGUCGCACACAUGUUCCAACACGCCGCCAUUGCGCGGUCGGACAUUGCAAAUGCCAUCAUUGAGGGCUACGGCCUCACAGCCGACCCCGCACAGAUCAACUGCAACCUGUGGGUCUGGGACAGCGCGCGGAACUGCAAAGCCUUUUGGUUCGACGUGGCGAAUAGCAUGUUUAUCAGCGGCGAUGUCACGUGCAACUGGACACUGGGCUUUGUCUGCGUGGAUGCCGAGGCGGCGGAGCAGCGCGGGUGGCAGACCAGCCUGCCCUGGUACCGCUCCUACCUGGCCUCUCGGGUGCAGCCCUCGCCGGCCGCGCAACUGGGCCCCGGCACAUGGGGCUGGAGCCUGGCGGAUGGCGAGGCGGUGGGGUCCUUCAGCCCGCCGCUCUCCAUCACUGCCUACUUCAACAGCACCCCUGCACUGUGGCAGACGGGGCCGCCGGUCAGCAUGCUGUACAGGGGCGGCGGCCACAACUUGUACGCGCUGAUACCGAUUCAGGACUCAGCCAUAGAGGUUGGCUACUACUUAGCAGCUAACCAGGGCACCCUCCUGGCGACCAACGCCAACCUGUACUGGGGCGGCUAUGACCCCACCAAGGACAAGGGCUCCAGCUUCGAGUACCUCAGCGCCAUUGUGGGCGGCCACGACUACGUGGUCUCAGUGCAGGGCUGCUACCUCCCUGGCGUGCAGCUGGAGCGGCUGUACUUCGUGACGCGCACCGGCCGCAGCCUGCAGUUCGGCCGCGGCUACUGCACCGCAUGGUUCAGGCAGGACGCGCCCCCAGGCGGCUACCUGGCCAGCCUCGCGGGCUGGGCCGUCAACCAGACGCUGUGGCCCACCGUUGGACCGCCCUUUGACAUUGACGUGUCCUUCAUCUACCAGAUCCGGCCCAUCUGGGCGGUGCCUCCUGGCGGCAGCCCGCCGCCACCCAUGUCAGUGGACCUGCCGCCGCAGCUGCCCGCAGGUGGCGGCGCCUGCCCUGCCUCCCGCCCGCCAGUGUUCACAAGUUCCCGACAGUAUGGAAUGCCGGGCGAGUGCGGCGCGGCCACUGGAGCCGUCUGCAACAGCAAUCAGUGCUGCGGACUCAUGAUAUGGGGGAAAAACCGGAUGUACGCCUCGUGUGGGACAGACGUCACUCCCUGCCAGACCGGCUGCAUGUCUGGCUACGGCAUGUGCGGCGUGCUGCCGGAGCAACCACUGCUCACCUUCGUGCGGCCGCCCAGCCCCCCGCUGUCAUCCUACACCCCACUGCUCCUGGAUGCCUCCAACACGCCGCUGAUAGUCAACGGCAGCCGUGUGGUGAACUGGACCCCCACUGUCACCAGCCCCUCCGCGGCCUACGCCUCCGCGCCCCUGUCGGCCUCAAACCCGCACCAGCCGCUGCCCGUGCUGUACGUCCUCAAAACCGACGGCCCCGUCACAUACUCAGACGCGCUGGCGUUCUGCAACUCUAGCACUCAUCUGGGUUUAAGCUGGGAGAUGGUGGGUGUGGCUGAUUCCCUGGGCUUCACUGUGAGCGGCACCAUGCGGCGCGGAGCCUACACCGCCAUCAAAGACACUGUCAUGUGGUUCCACUCAGACCCUGCAUACGUCGCGGCGGCGCCCACCUACGGCUGCCUGCGCGGCAAGUUUGGUGCACUGACGGGUGCGACGUAUGACGUGUCCAUCGUGGGCCCGGGACCCUGUGGCAUCACGGCCGCUGCCAUGUGCCGAGCUGUAGGCCUCACAUCCGCCAACGUCUCCCCACCACUUGCCGGCCAGUUGAGGCGGCUGCAGCAGCCGUCUAGCACAACGGCCGCCGCCCCACCCGCCGCCGCGACUGUAUGGAAGCCAGGCCGCCACUCCGUGUGGCUGUCUGCCAAGCACGGCGCCGGCCCCUUCAGCUCCGGCUCCUGCGGCUUUGCGCUGGCGGCGGUCCCGCAGCUGGAGGCGGCUCUGCUUCAGCAGCUGGCGUCACUCGUAGCUGACGCGGACGCACCGGCAGCAGCAGUAAGCCAGACAGCAGGCGCAGGCAACACAACCACCAGCACCACUGCAGCUACACUCGGCAACAGCACAGCCGCUGCCCCCACCACAGCAGCUUCUAUCACACUUCCCGGUACAUACAUCGGUGAUGUCGACGUGUCUUCAUUGCAGCCGCCGCUGGCGGGCCUUUCUUUGAGUCGCGCCUCCUUUGCUGACAACAGCUCAGACGCCUCUGACCUCAUUGCGGGCCUGCGACUGCACCUCAACACGAGUAGCCAGCAGGGCCCCUCCGCCGGUAUUACUGCGACGCGUGUGGCGGGCGUGGAGAGCAGUGGUGGCUGGGAGGGCAUGGCGCUGGUGCCUGGGGAGGUGGUGGUGGCUGUGAGUGUGUGCGCGGGUGGCUUCGUGGAACGGUUGGUCCUGCACACCAGCACUGGCCGCCUGCUGACACACGCCUGGAGCCGCCAUGCGCGCUGCACCCGCGGCUUCACGGAGGCGGCGCCAGCGGGCGGGUACCUGCUUGGGAUGGCGGGUCACGUGGGCUCGUAUGUGGAGGACCUAGUGUUGGCCUGGGGCAGUCCUCUGCCAACGCCGCCGCCCAACCUUCCGCCGCCGCUCGCCCCGCCCGUAGUGGACACGGCGGCAGCGGGCGGCGCUACCGAUGGCCGCACCAACACCACGUCGACCGUGCAGCUCACCGGCUCAAGCCCCGGCACGAGCAGUAGCAGUAGCAACAACACUGAGGUCAUAGUCGGUGCCGUGGUGGGCGGGACAGUGCUGCUAGUCGGACUGCUGGCGGCAGCUCUUCUGCUGCUGCGCCGACGCCGCAGCCGGCAGCACUUGGACACGUCCGCCAUGGGCAAAGCUAGCGGCAGUGUGAGCAGGGGUAAGGCAAUCACGGACACGUGCCGAAGCACCUCGAGCAGCGGUAGCGAUGGUGAUGGUGGCACCAUGAUAAUGGUCACCACGGCUACCGGAGACGGUGUCACGGUGGCUCCCGGAGCCCCAGUGGUUUUGAACCUGAAACCACACCGGUAUGCGUCUGAGGAGGGCGGCGCGAACGCCACUUCCUCCACGCUGCCGCACGUGGACGGCUGCUCGGGAGAUGGAAUGGUUCUGACGCCGCCUGGCUCCGGGGAGCUGGGUCAGUCACCACCCUUGUCAUCAGAGGGAGUCGUGAUUGCCACAACAACAGCAACGGCAGCACCAACCGCGGCAGCAGCAGCCGCAGCAGCCGCGGCAGUGGCAGCUGGCCUUGGAGCUGCAGGAGCUCCUGUGCGGCAGGGGCCGACUCUGGGCGAUGGGGCUGCCGGCCGGACCAGUGGGGCGCAGCAGGGGCUGGCAUCGGAUGUGGAUUUGGACCUGGACGGUGACCUACUGGGGACACACGGCAGCCACACACACGGCGCCGAUACCAGCACCACCACUCUGGCGGGAUUCGGCGUUCCGGUCGCCGGCGGUGCUGCAGCUGGACGAGGAGUGGCUGCUGGCGGCGGCCGCGCAGACACACCGAACUCAGACGGUCAGGGGGCGGUGGGCAGCAAAGGCUUCCACGGAUCCGCUGCAGACGGCUCAGGCAGAAGGCCCGCAAUUAGGAGCGGCGACGGCCUGCCCGCCACCCCGCGCAAGGGCUCCACUGUGGGUCCGUCCCUCACGGCCCAACGUGUGGCGGCGGACUCGUCGCUCACAGCGCGGGGCAACCUGGUGCCGGCGCACGCAGACCGCGCUAUGGAGGUAGUGAUGGCCCCAGGUCUGGGCGGGCAAGCGGGCUCGGUGACAAAUCUGCAACCGCGCUUCCAGGGGAAGGGAAGCGGCGCUGGCCUCCUGCCAGACGCUCAGGCAGAUGCCGGUAGCACCGGCAGUGGCGGCGCCUUCAGUGGCCCGUCGGCGCAAAGAUCAGAGCAGCAGGACGCCAGGUCCGGCGGCGCGCAGUCCAGUGGAAAGGGCAUGCAUUCCACUGCUGCGUCGGCCAUGACCACGGGGAGCAACGACUUAUCGGCCGCACUACCGUCACUUGCGCUUGGAAAGAACGUGAUCAUUGACUGGAGCACAGUCCUGGGCCGAGGCUGCUCCUGUGUUGUGUACCCCGGCACGCUCACGCUGCCGCCUGGGGAGGGUCCUGCUGCUGGCGCUGCCGAGGUCGCGACCAUCCCAGUCGCAGUAAAGCUGCUCAUGCAUUUGGCCGCGGCGGCAGUCGAGGAGGGGGGAGGCCGCGCAAAAGGUGCUGGAGAGGCGGGAGAUAAGGCGGAAGGCGAGGGCGCGGCUGCCGCGGUAGCGCUGGCUCACCGCAACCCAUCCGCGCUUCCGUCGGAGCUGCGUGGCCAGCUGCGCAUGCUGCAGGCGGAGGUGGCGGUGCUGAGCCGUCUGGACCAUCCCAACAUUGUCAAGUACUACGGGGCAUGCCUGGACCCGACAACCACAGCCGCAGGGGCAGUGCGCAACAGCAGCGGCGGCGGUCUGGAGACCAGCUCCGCGAGCGCCGGUGGGGACGCAGGGUCUGGGUCCGGCAAGUCUGGCGCCACAUCAUAUUCCGUGCCUCCCGGCAUGUCCAUCGACAUGCCCUUCCUGGUUGAGGAGCUGAUGCAUGUGCCCCUGAGCCGCGUCAUCCAUGGCCGGCAGCCCGACGACCCCAGCGCCUUCCUGCACGACUACGGCUUGGUCGACAUCCUGCGCAUCUGCAGGGAUGUGGCAAAUGCUCUGGCGUACCUGCACCCAACCGUUGUGCACCGCGACCUGAAGCCGGCCAACGUGCUGCUGGACGAGCGCGGCACUGCCAAGGUGGGCGACUUUGGUCUGGCUCGCUUCAAGGCGGGCACACUGCUGGCCACAACCAACGUGGAGGUGGGCACCACGCCCUACAUGGCUCCAGAGAACUUCGCGGCGGGCGGCGAGGCGGCCGUGAGCGACAAGUCCGACGUGUUCGCGCUGGGGGUGCUCAUAAACGAGAUGGUCACACGCCAGCGGCCCUGGACCGGCACUCGCAGCGCCGUGGUCGGGUACUUGGUGGCGAUCGAGGGCCAGCGCCCUACCAUGGCGCCCGCUGACCACCCACACUGCCCACCCGGCCUGCGCUCUCUGAUCCAGCGCUGCUGGCGGCAGAACCCCGACGAACGGCCGUCUGGCGCGGAAAUUGUUAAACGCCUCACGCUGCUGCUGGCGGAGCACGCAGCGGCGGCGCUCUAGGUCCCUUGGAGGGAAAGGAAAGGUGGCCCCGCCCGGAGGGAUGCUGCACCCACCUCAGAUGGCAGCAGGGCACGGUGCAUUUAGCAGAUGUUAUGGUAGCAAAUGGUAGCUGCGUUUUGAGAUACCCAUACGGGGUACGUGUGAUGACUGCGUGGCAGUUGUUUGACUUUUGCGGCUGCUGGUGUACUUGGCCUCUGGACCCAGCGUAAAUGCCGGGAAUGCCGCCCAAGGACUGUGACUGCAUGAGGAGGUCAUCAUUGUACUGCUGUGUAUCCAUGAAGGCGAGCAGGAUGUCGACGGUCAGGGAGACAGGGACGCUUCGGCGCGCACGGAUGCGGUGGCUGGCGGGAAGAUGCAGUCAUAUAGCGCCAGUUGCCAGCGGAACUCAUCUUAAGCCAGGGCGAGGUCAGCCAUGUACAACGCGAGGUUGGCGCCCAUGGCGACGUCCCGUAUUUGGAAGUAGUGCGAUGUGGCGUGCAGGCUUUGGUGAGGACAGGUGAGGAGGACCUGUAGGCACCCCGCCGGGUAGGCCCGGGUGCACCCACGACUUGGCCGGUGUCCCACACGCGGGGACCGUUAGUUCGCAGGGUGUCGGCAAUCCGCAUGUAAAGCGUCCAUUCU